AUGCCACCACUAUUUCCCACAAACUCAAGCACCAAGGAUGAGUCCACCUCACAGGGCCCGACUAAUCCGUCUAUCCCACGACAACGCACCUUGGAUAAGUUUUUCGGCCGACCAGGCAACAGCAUGCCACAGACUUUUACUUCAGCCGCUCAGACAAAGCCGAGGACAUCAACAGCUCAGCCAGCGCCACGGUCCUCCUCGUUCGCCGUGGUUCUUCCAUCGAGUCCUAGAAAACGUACAGGAACGACCCCCAUGAGGACAGUCGAGGACGACGCAGACGACCUGGUGAUAUCGGACCUAUCACCCCAGUUCAGAAGACUAGCAGCUCAGGCAAAAGUAGGCGUGAGCCUCGCCAAGCCAGCCUUACCAGAAGCCGUCGCAGAUGAGCCAGAGUUAGAGGUAACUUCACCAGGGGCGGCGACUCCUCCACUGCAGCCUCGCAAGCGCGGCCGGCCAAAGGGUUUUCGACCGAAUCUGACGGGCAAGAAAGCCCUACAGGAGGCCGGCGAGGCAGAGCCAAGAAAACUGCGGCCAGAUAGGCCCAAGACAGGCGCCCUUUACGCGGGAAAGCGGCGAGGUCGACCGCCAAAAGCAGCUUCACCCAAGCCGCGAGAGAUCUACAAGAGUCUAAACCCACACUUCAACACGUACAUCUGCGAGUGGGAGGGUUGCAAGGCCGAGCUUCACAAUUUUGCGACUCUGCAGAAGCAUGUGUCGAUUGUUCAUACCAAAACGGUAGCAGCUGGAUGUCGAUGGGCCAAAUGCGCCCAAAAGCAGCCGCCUCACGAGUUCCCCACACUGGCGGACCUCAAAUCUCACGUGGAGGAUCUACACAUGCUCCCAGUCGCCUGGCAGGUAGGGGACGGGCCGCAGGUGUCGUUCAAGCGAUACGAUCCCGAUGAUGGGGCCAAGCUUCCUGACUACCUUUUUGACAAGGCUGGCAACCAAAUCACACCGUCAAUCAAGUAUCAGAAGGAGGAGGACUUGUACACGUGGCGCAACAAUAGGCGGAAACUCAAGGAUCUUUUGCUUCUCAGAGACCAGAAUCUGCCAAGCGAGGAGGAAGACGACGACGCAAUGGAGGAGGUGGCCGAAGGAGCAUGA